UCCUGUUUCGUCAUUGCUAGAAGUGAACUUCAAGUGGGAGCAGAGCACUUGAUGCUCUUUUAAAAGACCGUUUUUAAGAAGACCCCAAGGGAACUUCUUUUGUUAUGGAUCGCGGAGUUGAAAAUCUGCUAUUUUGAAAUAAUCGUUUUAUCACCGAGUUUUCGACUUCAAACCCAUGCCUGCUCCUGGGAGAAUGAGAAAGCCUGAUACUAAAGUGGUAAUCCUGGGGGACAUGAAUGUGGGGAAGACGUCCCUGCUGCACAGGUACACGGAGAGGAGCUUCAGGGAGACUCUGAGCACGAUCGGCGGAGCCUUCUUCUUGAAGCAGUGGGGUCCUUACAACAUCUCGAUUUGGGAUACAGCGGGCCGGGAGCAGUUCCACGGUCUAGGCUCCAUGUAUUGUCGGGGCGCUGCAGCCAUCAUUCUCACGUAUGAUGUCACGAACUGGCAAAGCUUCGCAGAGCUUGAAGAUCGCUUCCUCUCUCUCACUGACUCGGCCAAUAGCGACAGCGUAUUUGCCAUUGUGGGCAACAAAUCGGACCUGACCGACCCUCGAGCCCGUGCCACGACCCUAGAGGAAGUCGGCGCAGAAGAGGGUGGUGUGCUUCCCCUUCCGUCCUUUCUCACGCCUCCAGACUUUCCCUUGCACAAACAGGUGAGUCAGGAUGAUGCCGUAGCGCUGUACAACCGCAUAAUUCGCUACAAGGCACUAGAGGGCACCAGCCCACCGGCCGAAAAGAUGUGCUUCGAGACGAGCGCUAAGACCGGAUUUAAUGUGGAUUUUAUGUUCGAGACGCUCUUUGAUCUGGUGUUGCCAUCCAUCAUUCAAAAACGCUCCCAAAGUGAGUCGCCAGUAUUGUGCUUGGAGGACUGUAACGAAGAGGGGAUGAAGAGCAAAGGGGAUUGUUGCACAUGAAAAUAUUUGCUGAAGAGCAUCUGGAGUUUUGAAUGACUUUAUUUAUGGGCACCGUUAUAUAAUCCAUUUCAGAACCGUGUUCUCUCAUAGUAAAUAUAGUACAUUGUCAGUGAACAAGUGCACAUGGUUAUCUCUGUUCUGUCUGUGUGUGUGUGUGUUUUUAUGUGUCUGUUUAUGUUUGAGAUAAUCUUGUUUUCACAAAUUUGCACAAAUAAUUUGAACUGAGUGGCUUCUGAACUCUACAAAUUGUUGACUUUUUUUUUUUACUUUUUUAAAAAUGUAUUUUAUUUUAAUGAAUUUACUGUGAUUAAAAAAAUACUGUGACAUUUUUUAAAAAUAUGAUCUUUAAUGACCCAUGAUCACUUAUACAUACAGAAGUCAUUCAUGAAUAGACCGUUCACGCUGUUAUUAUUUUCUUUUGGCUUGUAAGAGAGAAUAAUAAAAGAUUUAGUAUUGACUGUUA